AACUUUUUCUCUUUUUGAACAAGCCAAGCAAUCGUUUUUUACGACAAUAAGAGAAUCUUCUUGCGAGGAAAUGAAUUUUAUGAUCAUACAAUAUAAGCUUUAGGGAAAGAGCAUAUUUCAAUGAGGAAGUCUAGCAAAGUGAAACAUCAUUUGAGUUGGGCUCAAGUUGGAUCUUUUUUGAAAAGUUGGAAAGUGUGUUAUAGUGAUCUAUCAAAGCAAACAAAAGAAAGAGAGAGAAAGAGAAUGCCUCCAAUUUGAAGGAAUGGAUAAAUCCCUUUAUAGUGAAAGUGAAAGUAGGAGUAUAAACUAGGGGAAAAACUAGAGCAAUGGAGCCUUUAAAUAAUUGCUCUCUUUCCAAAUCUGUCAAUCAAAAUCAGACCACAAAAUAGAUGUUCAGAAUUUUCAUCACCAUUUGCAAGCCUGUUCAUAAGUUUCAGAUCAUGCAUUCCUGUCUGUUUCUCAUCUUCUGUUUGGCAACCUCCAUCUCACUUACAAGUGGAGAACAGCUAAUUUUAGUAAACAACUGUAAUGAAAGUGUCUGGCCUGGAUUACUCGGCAAUUCGGGCCACAAUACGCCAAUGGAUGGUGGUUUUCAUCUUGGCAGAGGCAAGCACGUAGUGGUUGAAGUGCCAAAGAAGUGGUCAGGGAGGAUUUGGGGAAGACAAGGCUGUUCUUUUAGCCAUGAAGGUAAAGGCUCGUGUGAUACAGGAGAUUGUUCAGGACGAUUACAUUGUAGAGGCACAGCUGGUGUUCCUCCAGCAACUAUUGUUGAAGUAACUCUGGGAUCAUCUAUUUCACCCUUGCAUUAUUAUGAUGUUAGCUUGGUAGAUGGCUUCAACUUGCCUCUUUCAAUGAAGCCAAUUGGGGGUGGAAUUGGCUGUGGCAUUGCGUCUUGUGAUAUUGAUGUGAACAUUUUCUGUCCAUCCAAAUUGGAGGUGAAGAAAAAUGGAAAAGUGGUGGGGUGCAAGAGCGCCUGCUUAGCCAUGCAAUCAGCCAAGUACUGCUGCACAGGGAAGUAUGCAAACCCCAAAACCUGCAGGCCUACGCUAUUUGCUCAUUUAUUCAAAGCCAUGUGCCCCAAGGCUUACACCUAUGCUUUUGACGACCCUUCCAGCCUCCGUAAAUGUAAGGUUUCACGUUACGCCAUCACUUUCUGCCCUGCCAUGUGAGGACGAUUCCAGUUGCUGCAUGAAGAAGAAGUCUACUAUGACAGUACAAAAAUAAUACCUUCUUGCAGAAUUAGAAGCUCUCGUGGUUUAUUCAACCAUCUUUCUAUCUUAUUUUUGUUAGUUACUCAGGGAUAGAGUCCAAUAAGCAUAUGUUCAAGAUUUUUGCAUUCUAUGUCAAUAUUAGUAUCAUGUUACACAUAUUAAUUAGUACAUCUUUGUUUGGUUACAUUACGAGUUUAGUCCUUAGUCUUUUAUGUUUGUGUUUAUUUAAUCUCACAAUUUUAAGGAGUGUCUAAUAGGUUCUUGACCUACUUGAUAUAUUUUGAAAUUCAAAAUCCUAGUAGACACUAAAUAGGGACCUAAAGUGCAAGGUCCUAAUAGAUACUUUUUAAAGCUCAUAACAAUUUAGAUACGAACUGCAAAGUUUAUGAACUAAACUUAAAAAGCAAUGAAAUGGAAAAAACUUGUAAUUAAA